GCCCCGCCGCGCCCCGGUCAGCUGCGCUGCGCUCAGCUGGGCGCCGGGCAUGGAGCAGGAUCUGGAAGACCCGUGAGUCUGCGCUCCCCCCCCCCCCCCCCGCCCCGCUUGUGGGGGGUCGCUGGGGUCCCUUUGCGGGGCGGGGCCUGUUCCCAGGGCCGCUAAGCGCCCCGAGGACUUGGCAGCGCUGCGCUGUGUGUUUGGGGGGGGCCCCCCUGCGGCGUGCCCAGAGGCCCCAGGGUUGGCUCAGCGGCUGGCUCCCUGCCUGGCGCCCCACGUCCAUGUCCCACCUGAAGAACGUGGAGGCCCGGAUCCUGCAGUGCCUGCAGAGCCGGUUCGUGGGGCGGUACGUGACCCUGCCGGACUGGGCGCGCAUCUGGACCGUCUCGCUGUGCCCGGAGCAGGGUGGGGGGCGCACCCCCCUGGUGCUGGUGCACGGCUUCGGGGGCGGCGUGGGGCUGUGGGUGCUCAACCUGGACCGGCUCGGGGCCCGGCGGCCCCUUCACGCCUUCGACCUGCUGGGCUUUGGGCGCAGCUCCCGGCCCGCCUUCCCCCGCGACGCCCAGGGCGCCGAGGCCGAGUUCGUGCGCUCCAUCGAGGGCUGGCGCCAGCAGAUGGGCAUCGGCGCCAUGAUCCUGCUGGGCCACAGCCUGGGCGGCUUCCUGGCGGCCUCCUACAGCCUGGCGUACCCUGAGAGGGUGAAGCACCUCAUCCUGGUGGACCCCUGGGGCUUCCCCGUGCGCCCCACCGACCCCAGCCAGAUCCAGCCCCCCCCAACCUGGGUCAAGGCCAUGGCCGCUGUCCUGGGGCGCUCCAACCCCCUGGCUGUGCUGAGAGUCGCCGGGCCCUGGGGUCCUGGCCUCGUCCAGCGCUUCCGUCCUGACUUCAAGCAGAAAUUCGCGGAGUUCUUUGAGGAUGACACUAUCCCGGAGUACAUCUACCACUGCAACGCCCAGACGCCCAGCGGCGAGACGGCGUUCAAGGCCAUGACGCAGGUGCUGGGCUGGGCGCGCCGCCCCAUGCUGGAGCGGAUCCACCUGCUCCCGCGGGAGCUGCCCAUCACCCUGAUCUACGGCGCCGAGUCCUGGAUCGACACCAGCACCGGGCGCCGGGUGCGGGAGCUGCGGCCCGACAGCUACGUCCGGCACCUGGCCAUCGCCGGCGCCUCCCACCACGUCUACGCCGACCAGCCUGCUGCCUUCAACGCGGCCGUGCAGGAGAUCUGCGACUCCGUGGACUGACGGACGGAGGGUCUGACCCCACCCCAUCGCGGGGGUACGGCCCCCUGUGGCUCCCCAGAGCCCCCAGCCACCUAGGCUCCUUCGCUGCCACUGAAGUCUCGGGGCGCCGGGAAGGGGGGGAGGCAUCAGGAUUGUGCUGAUUGAGGGGUUUAUUCCUCCCUCUCCGGGGCUGAUUCAUUCCCCCCUUUCCCUUUGCUUCUCACUCUCUCGGGCUGUACCCUUCCCCUGUGGCAAGGGAGGGCCGGUCUUUGAGACGUCCCUCUGGCCCCAGGAUGUGGGGGGAGACCGGGGGGGCAGGGGACUGGGACACGGAGGGCUUUCCCCUCUAGGGGUGCUAGAUGUGAUCCGGCCUCAGGGCCAGGGACCGGCUCUCUGGGGAAAUAGUCGGGGGGGGGGGGUUCAUGGGGCUCCCCACCCCCGGCCGCCUGAAUCUCCCUCUGCUCUGUCACCCUCCUGAUGUGCCUUAGGCUGCUGCAGCCGGCUCUGGGGCGCGAGGGCCCCCGGCGGUGUGUGCGCCGCACGGUUCUGAAAGCACAUGGCCGGCAAGCGGCUGGGGGUGCGAGGCCCCAGCCUGUGCUGGACUGAACACCCCGCCGGCUGCCCGCGCCCCAGCUCUGCCGUGGGCAGGGGACGCGACACUGAAGCACAAGGGAUCUUCCCACGCUGGUGGCUGGCUGGGCCCGGGAGCGUCCGUCGAACGGUGCCAUGUUCCGAACCCCUCGGCUCCUGCGGGCCGCCCCGGGCGCUUUGCCGCGGUGCCUUGCGCUGGACCCGCCCCUUUGUACCCAGUUUCUAUCUUAAUAAACAAACGACACUGGAAAA